CGAUAGCCCACGCGCGGGCGCGCUCCACCGAUCCCAUCCCAUCCCAUCCCAUCCCAUCCGCCGCUCGCCCCACCGUUUCUUGCGCGCCGCGACCGGCCACCGCCACGGCACCGCCGCCCCUCCGAUCUCAUCCGACCCCAUUCCUACCCAAUGCUGCUACCCGUCUCCCGCUCCGCCGACAAGUUCGCCCCCCUCGCCGGCCUCCGCUCGCUGCUCGUCCCCGACACCGUCGCCGCGGGCGGAGGCGUCGUCACGCGGACGAUCCCCGCGUCGCCGCCGCGCGGUGAGGCCGAUCCGGAGGAGACCGUCGACGACGAGGAGGACGACGGCUGCUGGGUCUCGUACGGGCGACGGGAGCCAGGACGUCGCCGGCUGCCGCCGCCGAUUCCGUCGCUGGCGGGCCGCAGCGCGCUCAGGCGGGCGCGCACCGAGGACAGGCGCCUCGUCAUCAGCAAGGUGCGCGUCAUGCGGCCGGACUACUACGUCCGCGCGCGCCGCGUGCGCGGCGGCCGCCUCCUCAUGCGCCUCGUCGAGCGCGAGGACGACUGCCCCCACGAUCCGUUCCCGCCGCCCGGCGGCGCCCGCGGAGACGACGCUGGCUGGGCCGAGGAAGCUACGGCGGUACAGGAAGACGUAGUCGAUGAAGAGCAGGCCGCUGCGGCACCGGCGACUAUGCCCGCAGUUGGAUGCUUCGAGGACGUGGUCAAGUACCAGUACGCCAUCGGCAGCAGCCCGCUGCACCAGAUGCCCUUGCUAAGGAUGGUUCAUUGAGGUCGAUCGCCAAAGGUGGAAGUUUUUUAGCUGCUUGCCUUUGAUGGUGCAUUGGGAUCGCCUAGGUGAUUUUUUUUGUAGCCGUGUGUACUAGUAGCGGUGAAUAUGCCUCCAAAUUCCAGCUUAAUUUUUAUUUACAGAAUUGUUGAUUG